AUGAUUAGUGAAGAAGUAUUAGAAAUUCAUCGACCACAAUGUUAUCAACGUUUAAAUAUCGAUGUUUCACCUCUUCUUCAACAGGUUAGAAAUUCUCAACUCUCUUGACAUAUCUUUCGAAAAUCUAUUUCAACCGUUUGUUGAUAACUUGAUUAAAAAGACAUAAAGCCUAUUAAAAAUAAGCGGUGAUCAACGUAUUGAUAGUGAUGAUUAAUUGGUAUGUCGCA